AUGCCCCACAAGAAUGUGGUGACAUGGAACUGCAUGAUUUCAGGGUACGUUAAGAAUAGGAUGAUUCGCGAGGCUCGUGAAGCCUUUGAUUCGAUGCCUUGUAAGAACGUAGUUUCAUGGACUGCAAUGUUAAGUGGGUACGCGAAGAAUGGGAGGUUGGAGGAGGCGAGACGGUUGUUCGAUUUAGUGGAAAAGAAGAACGUGGCUUGCUGGAAUUCUAUGAUUUCGGGAUAUGUGAGUUGUGGUAGGGUAGAUGAAGGUCGAGUACUGUUCGAUGCAAUGCCGGUGAAGAAUGAUGUUUCCUGGGCAACGAUGAUUGAAGGGCAUUUUAGGUACGGGGCGGUGAACGAAGCUGAGAGCUUGUUUAAUGAAGCUUCAAGUAAAAGUAUGCUACUUUGUAAUGCUAUGUUGGCAGGAUAUGGUGAAACUAUGCACAUUGACAAGUCAUAUGAUUUGUUUAUGAAAAUGGCUGAACGUGAUGUGGUUUCUUGGACUUGUAUGCUUACAUGUUUUAUGAGGGUGGGGGAAGUGGAAAGGGCGAGGAAUUUGUUUGAAGAGAUGCCCGAUAAGGAUGCAGUUGCUUGGACUGUGAUGAUUAAAGGUUAUUUGGACCAGCGGAGGGUCGAAUCGGCUCGAGAAUUAUUUGAUCAAAUGCCCCACAAGGAUGUCGUUGCAUGUAACUCGAUGCUGACUGGGUUUCUUCGUAACGGAAAGCUGGAAUAUGCUUGUGAUCUAUUUACGAGAAUGCCGGAGAGGAAUGUAGUUUCUUGGAAUCUAAUGCUAUCCGGAUAUCUUCAGCAGGAUGAUGUUAUUAUCGCUCGGAAGUUCUUUGAGAAGAUGCCCAUCAAGGAUGAGACCUCAUGGAACACGCUAAUUUCUGGAUAUCAAACCGAAGAAGCAUUUAUUUUGUACAUAAGGAUGUUAUCUAAUGGACUCAAGCCUGAUCAAGGUACCUUAACCUCCGUGAUAUCUGUCUGUGGUAUUCUUGCGAUGCAAGGUUGGGGCAAAGCAAUGCAUGUUUUUGUUGUCAAGAUUGGUUAUGAAACUGAUAGCAUGGUUAUGAGUUCAUUGAUAUCCAUGUAUUCUAGAUGUGGUUUCAUCAAUGAUGCUUCUGUGGUAUUUAGCACAACGAAAAUUCGUGAUACUGCAACUUGGAAUACCAUGAUUGUGGCUCAUGCUCAUCACUCUUCUGCCGAGGAAGCUUUUGAUCUUUUUGAUCGUAUGACGGAUGCUGGAUAUCAACCUGAUCAUGUUACUUUCUUAGUCCUUUUGACUGCCUGUGCUCAUUCUGGAUUAGUAAGUGAAGGUUGGAAAUAUUUGAAGUUGAUGGGAAAAUGUGAUCUGACCCCAAAGCCAGAACAUCUUGCAUCCAUGGUUGAUCUUCUCGGUAGAUCAGGUUUACUUGCCGAAGCCUUCAAAUUGGUCAAUCAAUUCCAUUCGGAUAUUCCGACAUAUGCGUGGGGAGCAUUGCUUAGUGCCUGCAACAUGCAUGGAAAUUAUGAAUUAAGCGACUUAAUUGCAGACAAAAUUUUAGGCUAUCAACCUUGUAAUGUUGGGAUGUGUGUGCUUCAAUGCAAUAUAUAUUCUGCACGUGGUAUGUGGAAGGAUGCAUCACGUAUUAGAGCAAGACUAAAACAAAACCAAUUGAAGAAAGAAACGGGUUGUAGCUGGAUUGAUAUAAAUGGAAGUGUUUCUUGCUUCUCAUAUAAUGAUAAGUCUCAUAUUCGAACCGAAGACAUAUACAAAGAGUUAGAGAUGCUUUCUGUACUUAUUGAGGAGCUUGGGUUUGACAUACAUUAA